AUUGGACUCUUAACGAUUCCAGAGCAUCAAUUUCUCUUCCCAACAGCCUACUAGACAUUUUCCCUACUGCCGUCAAUACCAAUCUUAACUCAACACCACAUCAUGAGCUGGUUCGGCUUCGGAUCCUCAAACGCCGGUCCCAAAUCCGCAAAGGCAUCAGACGGGGGACGCAUUGCCCCCAACCGCUCCUCCCGCGAAGUCUGCUAUAACGGACGAGAUCUAUUCUUCUCCUGUCUUGACCGCAAUGAUAUCCUAGACGCCAUCAAACACGAUUCCGAGGUACGCAAGAAGUGCGGGAAAGAGAUUGCUGAGUUUGAGUCUGCUUGUUCCAAGGCUUGGGUUAAAUAUUUUAAAGAGAAGCGAGUCAUGGAAUAUAAUAGGGAUCAAACGAUUGCCAGGAUACAAAAAGCGGAUGCGGAAAAGGCCGCUGAAGAGGCUAAAGCACGAUAGACUCGGUUGAAAGGCGAGACAUAACAAUGCUGCAUUCGAUUUAUGGAGUUUUGUGGGGAUAUUUCUUCGAUUGAAAAUGUAUUAUAUAUCUAUGGUGUACUAUAUCAAUGGCUUUGUA